GACUGGGAAGCGAGCUUUUUUUCUUUGCGGCAAGGCUCCGCUGCGGUGCGUUGUCACCGAGGCGUUUCUCUUCCGAGCUUUCGGCUGCCAAGGGUGCACCUCGAGGGACGGACUUGUUUACGCCUCACGCUCUUCUCCCGACUUCCGGACGCGAGCCGGGAGAACUGUCCCCCGCCACCCCGGGUCCCCUCGGCGUCAGUCCGGAGCACAGGAGGCGGGAUGGAGUUCAAGCUGGAGGCUCACCGUAUCGUCAGCAUCUCCCUGGGCAAGAUCUACAACUCGCGGGUCCAGCGCGGCGGCAUCAAGCUGCACAAGAACCUCCUGGUGUCGCUGGUGCUGCGCAGCGCCCGCCAGGUCUACCUGAGUGACCCGUGUCCUGGUCUCUACCUGGCGGGUCCCGCGGGGAUUCCGGUGGUGCCGCCGCCGCCGCAGCAGCAGCAGCAGUCCGGAGACCUUGCGGCUGUACCGCCGGCCGGCUGGGGUGAGCCGCCUCCGUUGAGCGCCCGCGCCGCCUGGCCGGAGACCGAGCCGCAGCCGCAGACGGAGCGCCCCGCGGUCUCAGACCCCGUCGUCCCGGUAUCCGGAACUGGGGACGCUCUCCAGGCCGGAGAGGCGGAAGCCGCUUGGGGCCGCGUGGAGCGUCCGCGCGUGGCGUUGGCGGGAGGAGGCGAAGGCUUGGACGUGUUCCCCGAGGGUCCGCGAGCCGCGCGGCGCCCCUGCGGCUGUCCCCCGGCGGCGGCGGCGGCGGGAGAGGAGCAUCGGGCCGCGUCCUCCCGCGCUGGCUGCCGCUGCGAGCCGCGAACCGGCGCCGCCGACAACGACGACGACGACGAGCCCCCGCUGCCGCCAGCCGGCUGCCCCAGGAAACGCGGCGCGGCGCGGGUGGGUGGCGGCGGCCACGCGGGCUGCCCGGCGCCCGGCUCGACCCCGUUGAAGAAGCCACGCCGGAACUCCUCCGAGGAGCAGCCGCAACCGGACGGGGUCGAAGAGACCGGCGAGGAAGAGAUGGAGACCGGGAACGUGGCGAACCUCAUCAGCAUUUUCGGGUCCAGCUUCUCGGGACUCCUGCGGAAAAGCCCCGGGGGUGGUCGGGAGGAAAAGGAGGCGGAGGAGAACAACCCGGAAGCCACCGAGCCCGGGCAGAUCUGCUGCGAUAAGCCAGUGCUGAGAGACAUGAACCCCUGGAACACAGCCAUCGUGGCCUUCUGAGUCCCGCGCCCCGAGCGGGUGGAGCUGGAGGAGCAGCGGGCGUCCGCGAUGGCAAGGCCGGGCUUCUCCCGGCUGCGAGGACGCCCCGAGACCGCCAGGCGCUGAGCGCGGUGGGGAGACUUGGUUGCUGCGGGGCAGCGCGCACUGUCCCCUGCGGCUGGCUGGGCGGUCCGGCUGGCCCGGGGGCUCUCCAGUCUCACCAUCCUGAGACCUGGAGUUGGAGGCUUAUUGGAAGAGGACGAUCGGAAGAGCGCCG